AUGGGCAGUACUCAGGACAUGAACCCGGGAAAGCCGGUCCUAUUCUUCGAUAUUGACAACUGUCUCUAUCCGAGGAGCACAAAAGUCCAUGACAUAAUGGCCAAACUCAUUGAUGAGUACUUCUCCAAGCACCUGGAGAUCCCUUGGGAUGAGGCUGUGAAACUGCACAAAGAGUACUACACCAACUAUGGCCUUGCUAUUGAGGGGUUGGUGCGCCAUCACCAAAUUGAUCCUCUGGACUACAACGCCAAAGUGGACGAUGCUUUACCCCUUGAAGAAAUCAUCAAGCCCAACCCUGAGCUACGCGAAAUCCUGGAGGACAUCGACAAGUCCAAGGUCACUGUGUGGCUUUUCACCAACGCCUAUGUGAACCAUGGGAAGAAGGUUGUUCGCCUCUUGGGCAUCGAGGAUAUCUUUGAUGGUCUCACAUACUGCAACUAUGCGGAACAACCGUUACUCUGCAAGCCGGACCCCCGCAUGUACGAGAAGGCCAUGCGCGAAGCAGGCGUCGAGCGUGUGGAGGAUUGUUACUUUGUUGAUGAUUCUGCCUUGAACUGCACAGAAGCCAAAAAGUUUGGUUGGACAGCGGCUCAUCUCGUUGAGGAGGGAGUACCAGCUCCCAAGACCCCUGCUUCGCAAUACCAAAUCCAGCAUCUGCGAGAGCUACGGAACGUCUACCCGCAGUUCUUCAAAUCUACUUCAAACAAGGCAUAG